AUGGAACGAUCGAACAAUGGUGCCUACGGCCGCACGCAGAAUGUCCUACCAGGAUGGACCGCAGACGGCCGGGCUAGCACCGAGUCACAGCGCAUUGUGAGAAAGAGGUCAACUCUCGGUGUUCGCAAUGCUAGCCAACCAUUACCGAGCAGUAGGACUACGCUGCAAGCACAACAUCAUGGCGCAGCCUACGUCGAUGGUUCGCAGGCUAGAAAGAGCUCGCUACGCAAUGUUGUACGAAAGAUAUUCGGGAGACGAUCGAAGGAGAUUCCGGCAGUGCAGCAGAAGAGUCCACCGAGGCAUGCAUAUCACAGGAGUGAGCCAUCUGCGCUUGUCCCACACGUCGAGGAGGCGGACAAUGGACCCGACGAUAUGGCCGUGGCGCAACGAACGUUCUCUGUGCCUCUACAAUCGCCGCCUUCCCCAGGUCUGCAUCGGACACGAUCUCCAUACGCGGUAGAAUUCCCACAUUCCGCCAGGUUGAAGCCUUUGAAUCUCGGCGACCCGUACUAUGCGCCUGGCAGCCAACUGCGACGUCGCAAGACCAUGCCCAGUGUCUUGCUGACCGAGGAGGAUGAUCCCGAUCUGACGAGUCCACCCAAGGACCCCGCUGUGCCGGCCUUCGAAGUCACACGUGAUGCGCCAGUGCCGGAACCGGCUCGCGGAAGCACCAGCAGAAGCAUGAAGAGACGUUCACGUAGUGCCGAUGAUUUGCGACAGUCACUUGCUGAUAGACAGGAAUACCCACCUCGAAAGAGAAGCGACGAGAUUCGGUUCUGGCGUGAGAGCUUUCAGGGAAGCGUAUUACGUGCAAGCGGGUUCGUGAGCAGAGAGAACAGUAGUAUGGGGCUAGAGGAGUCUAUGCCAGAGCCUAUGCCGGAGCUCAGGGACGAGGAUGUGCCAAUAAGCGACAAUACUGGGCCGAUUGAUACAAGGCAGUCACGUUCAGGCACGAUCGGCACAUUCAGGAGCAGUCCGCCAGGGCAUGGCCACACAUUCAGCCAGACUGAUGUUCGGUCAGCUUCCGGCUAUGGCACAGAGUUGUCAAGGGACCUGGAAGACCGGGUAGCAAAGCUGGAGUCUGGCCUACACGACUUCCAGCGAUCUUUAGCGCGUCUGACAGCCGACCGCAAUCGGCAAACUGUCAUGGUUGGCGGCAUGCCCCAACGACGAUCUUCGCUGAACGCCCGCACGCCGAGUAUGCUUGCUGAUACCUUGUCCGAUCCUCUGACUCUUGCAUACACGCUUUAUGGCCAACCCGAGCAACAGCGACCUUCAACUUCACCCCAGCCGCCAAGGACCCCGACAAGAAAUACUGCUCCAAGUCGACCACCCGUGCCGCCAUUACCUAUGGGUAGUGACCGCAUUAGAGAGGCGUACAGCACACCGCCACCGAAUACGACACGAGGACCAACAAGUCACCCCGUACAGGCACGCCAAUCUGAUACGAGCGAGAACAACUCCGAUGGGCAGCCUCAGCCAUAUACUUUCCGAUCGCUAUACGAGAUGCUGACCGACGAGCGCUCCGCCCGUCGACGGCUUGAGGGUCAACUUCGCGGCAUGCGCCAAGAAAUCAGUGAUCUGCAGUACCACGUCUCCAGCUCCCAGGUCCAGAGUCAACGAAGUAGUUUUGUGCCCAUGGAGCCAGUAGCUGGAUCGAGCCGGAUACGGGAUUUGCUGCGUGAGACUGAGCAGUCACCGCCCGGCAGCUCUUCAGUAACGCAAUAUCCGCACUUGCCGCAGCUGCAGCAGCCGUCCCAGGCUUUGCGGGACUCUGGCAACACAGUCUUUACCACUAGCACGGGAGGUCGAGGAGGCCUCAUGAGCAGGUUUAGUCACUCUGAUAGCGAGGCAGGGGCUAUGGCCGAUUCGACAGAUGAUUUGGAGACACCAUAUGAGGCGUACCAGACGCCUUUGGAGGAACGACACAGGACUCCGUUUGGUACUGUUGGCGAGAUUGAUAUGUUCUAG